UCUGUGAGUGUACCUUCGAGUUGGACCGGCUCAGAUCGUGCAUCAGCAUCUGUUGGCAGCUUGAAUCCAUGGCCGGCCGCUCUGUCAGAUUACAUUCGUCGGUCAGACGAUUCACUCAUUACUGACACACCGCGUCUCCUCGACUUUCUCCAAACCGAUCUGGAACCAGCAGAAUCGAUCCAAGAUUACCUCGACAUUACUGGUAGGUUCUACUUGCGAAAUAUUUCAUCUCUAGCAAUCGAAUAA